AGAUAUUCUUAGUUACGACGAAUAUAUUCGUGUACAUUGAAAGCAGUAAGAGUGUAGAGUCUUCGUUAUAUGGAAAGUCAUCGUCUUGAAUCAUCGUCAGCUGUGUGAUUUGUGGCACUAAGCCGUCAGCCACUAAUGUCACUUGUAAACAAGCUCGGCAGUAGAAUUAAAUUGUUGAAUUAAUAACGAUUCAGUAAUAGAAGCAAAUAGCGGAUAGAAUUUUCUAACAAUGCCGCAACAGGAGGAGAAACCUAAACGUACUUUUUUAGGAUUUGAUUUGAGCACACAGAAGCUGAAGGCCAUACUAUUAAAUGCAGAGCUUAAUGUUGUUACGACAGCUGAAGUGAAAUUUGACAGUGACUUGCCCGAGUUUCGCACCCAAGGUGGCGCCAAUCCAGGUCCCAAUAAGCAUGAAUACUUUGUGCAGCCCGUUAUGUGGGUCAAGGCCAUGGACAUUGUUUUGGAUCGACUGGUGAUGCAGGAAGCAGAUCUUAGCACAGUGGUGGCUAUUAGUGGGUCGGCACAGCAGCAUGGCUCCUUGUACUGGUCAAAACAUGGCAUUGCAUCGCUAAACAAUUUGGACGCAGAUAGAUUCUUGCAUACACAAGUCGAUGAUUCGGCAUUCGUCUUAAAUCGCACGCCCAUUUGGAUGGACGCCUCCACAGCAAAGCAAUGCUUUGAAAUGGAAACAGCUAUUGGCGGACAGACAGAAAUGGUGCAGCAAACAGGAUCAAAAUGCUAUGCGCGCUUCACAGGACCGCAGAUAAGAAAAAUCUACCAGCAGCGCACGCAUGCCUAUGAAGAUGCCCAAAGAAUCUCAUUAGUAAGCAGUUUCUUGGCUUCAAUAUUUCUGGGUAAAGUUGCAGCAAUAGACUAUGCUGAUGGUUCUGGCAUGAACUUGCUGGACAUUCGCAACAAAACCUGGUCAAAGGCCUGUCUGAAUGCCUGUGCGCCAGACUUGGAGGAACGUCUGGGAGAGACAGUUAGUGGCCUAACUGUGCUGGGCAACAUCUGCGACUAUUUUGUACAACGCUUUUGCUUUCCACCCGAUUGCAAAGUAGUUGCGUGCACUGGCGAUAAUCCCUCAGCAUUGGCGGGCAUGCUGGUGGACAACAACUGGCUGAGUAUAUCGCUUGGCACCAGCGACACCUUAAUGAUGUGUUUGGAGGAGCCACCAAAUUUAGAGGAAGGUCAUGUGCUAUGCCAUCCAACAGAAACGCAACAGUAUAUGGGCUUAUUGUGUUUCAGGAAUGGUUCGCUGGUGCGCGAAGCUAUCAACAAGUCUGAGGCUGGCGGCAACUGGGACAAAUUUAAUGAGCUACUAGAGUCAACGCCACGCGGUAAUUUUGGUAACAUGGCUCUGCACUUUAAUGAAGUGGAAAUUAUACCCAAAGCAAAGGGCACUCUACGCUGGAACAAAGAAGUUCAAGCUAGUUCUCACGAUGCAAUCAAGGGUAUCAUUAAAUUCAGCUCGCCACAAAUUGAAAUUCGUGCCUUAAUCGAGGGACAAAUGCUGCACCAUCGCGCCAUUUCUGAAGAUAUGGGCUUUCAUUUUGGUAACGAAACAAAAAUACUUGCAACUGGCGGCGCAUCUGUAAACAAAUCCAUACUACAAAUUAUUGCAGAUGUUUUCAAUGCACCAGUGUAUAUACAGACUGAAAGUGAAGCGGCGCUUUUGGGCGCUGCUUAUAGAGCAGCCUACGCCUAUUAUAUAAAUAACAAUGAGCAUGCCGAAUCGCAGCCAAAAGGCUAUCGCGACUAUAUACUAAGUCUGACACCAAACCACCUAAAACUUGUGUGUGAACCUAAUAAGGACAGCGAAGCUAUCUAUGCGCCCAUGCUCCAGCGCUAUCGCGACAUGGCCCUAAUUUUGGAAAAUAACAAAAGUCAGUAACUUGUCUAAAAAUCCC